CGCCGCAACGCCACGAACAGUGACCGCCAUCGGCAGUCGUUCGCGGUAACCUCCGGUAAAUGCACGCACGUCUCCCGAUCCGACGAAAUGCAACCCACGUGCCUCAAUCAUAUCGCUCCUUAACCUACGACACUCCGUGGUGUGUGAUCGGCGAUGGCUGCGUACGGCGUGUACGGUAACGGCAGCUGUGGUGGUGACGUUUACGCGCACGGCGAUGACACCGAUCUGUAUCACCAAGUGGUGGUGCUCUCGAAACCAGACGGCUCGUGCGUGCGGAGCCAGGCAAACGGAAGUGGCAUCAGUGGCAGUGGCGUCGGUGGCGGCGGUUCCGUUAUCGUGGAAACCGUCAACGGAAGGUACAACGGCGAUUAUCCACAUCAACAGCAGCAGCCGUACGACUCGGCGAGUGGUGGCGGCGGCGGCGGCGGCGGAGGAGUCGGUGGCCAGCGCCGUCAUCGCCGGUCGUUUUGGUGCCGGACCACCACGCUGGCCACCAUCAGCGCCUUGCUGGCCACCAUGUUUUGCGUGACGUGCGUCGUUUUCAUCUACUACAACUAUGUUUUAAAUUGGUCUCCGAAAACUGUGGCUCUACAAGUGGGAAGGACUGACCCUUGUCGGUUGGUGAAGUGUUUACACGGUCAGCGGUGCAUCGUAGAUAAAGUGAGUGCGCAAGCGCGCUGUGUGUGCGCCGAAGACACAGCGUGCAAUGAUGACGACAGCGGUGACAAUGCUGGUGGACCGGUGUGCGGAAACGACUGGAAGGACUACCCGAGCGCUUGUCACGUCAGAAAGGCGGCAUGUGCAUCAGGCUUGAACAUAGCGGUCAAAUACAGAGGAUUGUGUGAUCCGUGUGAUUAUAUAUCGUGUGAAGAACCCGAAGUAUGUCGUUUGGACUACGAGAGACGUGCUAGGUGCGUGUGCUCAGAAUUCUGUGGCGAAGACUUCAUUCCAGUGUGUGGAUCUGAUGGCAGAACGUACACCAACGAAUGCUUUCUACGUCGGCAGGCGUGUCGAAUGAUGCCAAGCCUAAGAAUCGUCUUCCAUGGACAAUGCGACCAAGGCGUAAACCCGUGUCUAAACUUCACAUGUUGGGAAGGAUCGCGUUGCACAAUCGAUCAUCUAGGCAAUGCUGAAUGCCGUUGUCAGGAGCCCACACUUUGCGAAACAUCAGUGCGACCUGUUUGUGGCACAGACGGCUACACUUACGAGUCCAAAUGCUUCUUGGAACGGAUGAGUUGUAGCAAGAGGUCCGGUGUCACGGUGGCAUACGAUGGGCAUUGUGGGGACACGAAUCCGUGCAAUGGGUACUUGUGCAAUUCUGGAGCCAUUUGUAAAGUAAGAGACGGAAAAGCAGUCUGCGAAUGCCCUUUAUGUUCCGAACAUCACGAGCCCGUGUGCGGCACCGACGGCAACACGUAUAGUAACGAGUGCAAAUUGAAGUACCACAACUGUCAGCAGAAGCAAAUAAUCGAAGUGUCCCAUGUCGGAGCAUGUAACGAUUGUACAAAAAUGAAUUGUCAGUUUCAUUCGGUUUGCGAAAGCAAUAGAAAAGAAGCUAAGUGUGUCUGCCCGACGUUCAAAUGUGCAAACGCAAGCGGUAAAGUUUGCGGUACCGACGGUAUUACGUACACAGACCUUUGUCAUCUACAAAACGCUAGUUGUGCAACAAGGAAGAAAAUAUUCGCUGCCUACGCGGGUGAAUGCGGGUCAUGUCACGAUCAGAAAUGUAACUGUCCUGAAACAUGUGAGGACACCAAAUCAAAAGAACCCGUCUGCGGUUCCGACUUGAUCACUUAUAACAGCGAAUGCGAGCUACUUCAACAAUCGUGUAUAAAAAACAGGACACAAAAUUUAACGAUUUUGUUCAUCGGAGAUUGUAAAGAAUCUUCAUCCAUAGGGAAAUUUUUAAAACCUCAUGGAUCAGUAGAAAACAGCGUUUACAGUAACAACAACGAUGUAUGUAAAGAUAUUAAAUGUGACUACCACGCCACGUGCGAGGUAGGACCCGACGGAUUUCCUAGAUGUUCAUGCAUAUUUAAUUGUUCGGCUGAAGCUUCGCCUGUUUGUGCCUCAGAUGUUCGUACUUACAAUUCAUUGUGUCUAAUGAAAAUGGAAGGAUGUCAAAGACAACAAGAACUUCGAUUAAGGCCCAUGGAGUUAUGCCAAGGUAUGGAAGUAAAACCUUGUAAUGGUAAGAAACCCUUGAUGAACCAUCUAAAUGGGAAAGAAUUAGACUGUGGUCACGGUCCUGACAGACAAGAUUGUCCAUCGGGCAGUUAUUGUCAUCAAACCUCUAGGUUUGCUAAGUGCUGCAAUAAAUCCGAUCGUGAUACAACAAUAGUUUCGGAUAGUUGUCAAAAUUCGUCUUACGGCUGUUGCCCUGACAAAAAGACCCCUGCAAAAGGACCAAAAAACCUAGGUUGUCCUGUGUUAUGCAAUUGCAAUAAAUUAGGUUCAAUAUCAGAGGAGUGUGUCGAUAAAAAAUGCUUAUGCAAAUCAGGAGUUGGUGGAGAGAAGUGUGACCGAUGUGAGCCCGGGUAUUGGGGAUUACCAAAAAUAUCAUCAAACCAUCAAGGUUGCAUGCCUUGUGGUUGUUCUCUAUUGGGUUCAGUUCGAGACGACUGUGAACAAAUGACCGGACGUUGUGUUUGUAAGCCAGGAGCUAUAGGACCAAAAUGCAAUAAAUGUGAAGAUAGUUCUAAAAUUUUAAAUCCUGCUGGAUGUGUUUCACCUGAUAUGGCGAUGCAAAAUUUAACGUCUUGUAGUCAACUCGUUUGUUAUUAUGGUGGUGUAUGCGAGAUGAACAACGAUAAACCAUCAUGUGUAUGUCGAGCAACAUGUGCUGAGGAUGCAAUACGUACAACUCUGGUAUGCGGUAGUGAUGGGCAAACGUAUAGUUCCGAGUGUCAACUAAAAUUAUAUGCUUGUCGCUAUCAAAAAGACAUUGUUGUAAAAUCCCAUACAUCGUGUAAAGACGAAAAUCUCAUACCUGGUACGGAAGGACCAAAAUUCACCGAACCCCAAGACAUAAUCAUAUCGAAGUCAACACGGCAUCUAUUAUUUUCUGAACUGCCAAAUUUCACUUACAACACAUCUGGUGGGUACGAAGUUGAUAUCAUACCUGAAGUACAAGACCUGACAGGAAGAACGACAUCAGAAUCUACUGAUCAUGAAAUAUCACUAUGCAAUCCAAAUCCGUGCCAGAACGGCGGAGAAUGUGAGGUACUAGAUUCCGGUGGUUUCCAGUGCCACUGCCCUACCACGUACAGUGGAACUGUUUGUUCCAAUCCCGAGGAAGUUAAAGAACAUAAAUCAGCUGCAUUCAAUGGACAUUCGUACGUGCAGUUAAAAAAAUUAAAAGCAUACCACAGGUUUAGUUUAGAAAUGGAAUUUAAAAGUUUUUCGGACGAUGGAAUUCUUUUAUACGACCAACAACAACCAGAUGGAUCUGGUGAUUUUAUUUCGAUUGCAAUAGUCAAUAAGUUUGUAGAAUUCAAGUACAAUCUGGGCAACGGAGCCGUAGUAUUGACAUCUGCACACCCGAUUACGAUCGGCACUCGGCAUAAGAUCAUAGCCAAACGAUAUCAAAAAGACGGUCUGCUACAGUUUGAAAAUUUCGAGCCAGUUCGAUCAGUGUCCAUGGGGUCACUGAGAUCGUUAGACCUGAACGACAACGCAUACAUUGGAUACGUACCGAUUGUGCACCAAAAGAUAUUUGAAAACAUUGGUGUCAAAUCGGGACUGAUCGGAUGCGUGCACAGUAUAAAAAUAGGACGUUAUUCUGUGAACUUGUUGGGAUUCGAAGAUGGUGAUUUGGUAACAAAUUCUGAAGGCGUAACGGAAUGUCAAAAGGGUUGUUCAAAUGGCACGUGUGCUUGUACAGGAAAUUCGUGUUACGAUGACAUGGCCUGUUCGUCAGAGCCCUGCAGCUUCGGAUCUACUUGCGAGUCAUUGCCGGGCGGCCGACACGCCUGUUUUUGUCUACCAGGAUUAACCGGCGCCAACUGUGAUAAAUUCGAGUACGGUUUGACCAAAUACUUUUCACCGGAAUUCAACGGUAAGAACUCAUUCCUUACUAUACCGCUGAUCGAAGACCUUCGUAGGACCACUCGCCUAGAACUAUGGUUUGGAACGAAAUCUGACAGUGGCUUGUUACUGUACAGUGGUCAAUCGUACACGGGACAAGGAGAUUUCAUUUCUGUAUACUUGACUGCCGGCCGAGUGAGACUCGUUUACGAUUUGGGCAACGGAAAGACGAAUAUCACUACGGAUGAGAAGAUUGUUUUUCUACCUCAAUGGAAUUUACUUAAAAUCAAAAGAUUCGACAACCAAGCUUCCAUUCAACUGAACAACGGCAACGUUACCACUAUCAGCUCCAGUUCCCCACUUGUUGAGUUGAAUUUAGAACUACCGUUAUACAUUGGUGGUGUACCUGAAACUGUUCUGUUGAAUCAAGAGUCGAUCGCCAACAAACCUUUCGAUGGUAUCAUACAGAGGGUGAUUCUCAACGAAAAAGCGUGUAACCUAUCUUCUGGUCUUAAUCAGGAGGUAAUACCCUAUCGAGGUGCUCCUUGUGGUUACGCACCGUGUCUGAAUGGCGGUACAUGUUUUCCGGUUUUGUCUAGAUUUUUAUGCCAUUGUGGUCCGAAACAUUUCGGUCCGUUAUGUGAACACACGUAUAAAUCAUAAUCACCAUCCGGAAAGCAGCUUUUGUUCUACAAAGCUACCCACUGAGCUCAAUAUAAUCGAUUCCUGGUAAAUAAAUAUUGUAUAUAAAGAGAAAAGACUAUUUGUUGGAGCUCAAAGAUCCUCUUCGAUUCAAGUUUGUAUUUUCUUUAGGAUUUAUUAUUUAGAACCGCCAUUAAUUUCUAUGCAAUUAAGUUCCUAGAAAUGUUUUCUUUUAUAUUAAACUGUAAGUUUAAGACAUACCUAUAGAUAAUAUUAUGUACAUUAAUUGAACAAUUAAUUUUAGAAUUAAGACUAUUUUAUGUACACGUUUAUACUUGUAAAACAAAUAAAUAAAUACUUUUUAUUUGUGUAUAAAAUCAUGACUACACCUAUAUCAAACCUAUUGUUAUCCGUGGCUUGUGGACAACCAACAUAAAAAUUUGUGCUAAUAAUAAUGAAUGUUAUAUACCUAUAAAAUAAAUGAUUACUACAUAUUGUUAUUA